CGAAGCAGCGAACGGCGCCGUCCAGCGAGCAGCCGCGAAAACCAGCCAUAAGCCGGGCGCCGCCUCCGAUCCGUUCUUCUCGCCAGCAAGCGAAGGCCGCGCCAGCCAGAAGCAGCGCGAGGACCAGCUCCGACCGGCGAGCCUCUUUCUCUCUUCUCCUCCGCUCCAGUGAGGACGACAACAACAAACAGCAGCUCCAGCUGCUCUGACCAGUGAGCAGCGAGCAGCCAACUCCGGCGAAGGCAAGGUAAUCACCGGCGAACCCCAUCAAAGACGACAACAACAACAGCGAGACUCUCGCAUCUCCAUUCCUCUCCGCUUUGGCGAAGUUCUAGUAAUCCAGGCAAUCUUGAAUUCAGAAUUUCCCCCAUCUAAAGAUGCUUCCCCUCUCUUUGCUCAAGACUGCACAGGGGCAUCCCAUGUUGGUGGAGCUAAAAAAUGGAGAGACUUAUAAUGGUCAUUUGGUGAAUUGUGAUACUUGGAUGAAUAUCCAUCUUCGUGAAGUUAUCUGUACAUCAAAGGAUGGAGAUAGAUUUUGGAGAAUGCCUGAAUGUUAUAUUCGUGGCAAUACCAUAAAGUAUCUUAGAGUUCCUGAUGAGGUGAUUGAUAAAGUUCAAGAAGAAACAAAAAGCCGCGGAGAUAGAAAACCACCUGGUGUCGGUGGACGAGGAAGGGGAAGAGGAGGUAGGGAUGAAGGUGCUGCUGGAAGACAGGCGAAAGGCAUUGGGCGUGGAAUGGAAGAUGCAGGUGCCAAAGGCCGGGGCAAAGGAGGACCUGGUGCCAAGUCUGGUGGAAAAGGUGGUGGCCGUGGACGUGGCUAAUCGUCGUCAUUUAGAGACAAAGAAGCCAGAUGACAAGCUAGAUAUAUUGUAUCUAAUUUUGUUUGUACUUUCAAAUUAUUAAAAGCAACUUACCGGAGAAAAAGCCUAGCUUCCAGUUAUUAUUAUUUUAAGAUGGAAUGUAUGUAGGCUUGAAAUGUUCACUCUCUUUCCUUUGUGAAGACAUGUAAGAGUGCGUGUCUUGAAAAUAUUUGGCCUCUCAGUAUGUGUGUUAUUUUAAAUGAAAAAUGUGCUAGCUUUCUUUUACCCAA